AUGGAAGGCUGGUCCCUCACACCGCAGCCGGGAGUUCUCACAGACCCAGGGAGGGGCUGGCAGAGGCUCUUCAACAGGAAGGGCGGCGGCGGCUCCGCGGCGGCGGCGGCGGCGGCGGCGGCCCCGGGCCGGGCGCCCCGGGAGGGGCCGGCCUUCAGUUGGUCCUGUUCGGAGUUGGACCUGAACGAGAUUCGCCUGAUAGUUUACCAGGACUGUGAAAGGAGAGGCAGACAAGUCUUGUUUGAUUCUAAAGCUGUUCACAAGAUCGAGGAGGUGGCAACUCAGAAAACGGAGGACGUCCCCACGAAAACGCCAGCCAAGUGCUGUCAAGGAGGUGGCAGCGGCAGCCUCUCUUCCCACGGCUCUUCCGGGGGAUCUUUACCACAUGCCAAGGAGCAGCUUCCAAAGUACCAGUACACGCGCCCCGCCUCUGAUGUCAACAUGCUUGGGGAGAUGAUGUUCGGCUCGGUCGCCAUGAGCUACAAAGGCUCCACCCUGAAGAUUCACUACAUACGUUCUCCCCCACAGCUGAUGGUUAGUAAAGUCUUCUCGGCCAGAAUGGGCAGCUUCUGUGGGAGUACAAAUAACUUGCAAGACAGCUUCGAAUACAUCAACCAAGAUCCUAACCUGGGGAAACUGAACACAAAUCAGAAUAACCUGGGUCCCUGUCGUACUGGAAGUAACCUAGUGCACAGCACUCCGGUCGACAUGCCGAGCAGAGGGCAGAGCGAAGACAGGGACAGCGGCAUCGCCCGCUCAGCUUCCCUGAGCAGCCUUCUGAUCACACCGUUCCCGUCUCCAAGCUCCUCUGCGUCCUCCUCCAGCAGUUACCAGCGCCGCUGGCUUCGGAGCCAGACCACGAGCUUGGAAAACGGCAUCAUUCCCAGGAGGUCAACGGAUGAGACGUUCAGCUUGGCCGAAGAAACCUGCAGUUCGAACCCGGCCAUAGCUCGGAGGAAGAAGAUUGCCAUAAGCCUCGUCUUUUCCCCGUGCGAGACGGAGGAAGCCCAGAGGAACUUCCAGGACUUCUUUUUUUCUCAUUUCCCCCUGUUUGAGUCUCACAUGAACAGGCUGAAAAGUGCAAUUGAAAAGGCCAUGAUCUCGUGCAGGAAGAUAGCAGAGUCAAGUCUCCGUGUCCAGUUUUAUGUCAGCCGUCUGAUGGAAGCUCUGGGGGAGUUCAGAGGGACCAUCUGGAGCUUGUACUCCGUCCCGAGGAUAGCCGAGCCCGUGUGGCUGGCCAUGAUGUCCAGCACCUUGGAGAAGACGCAGCUGUGCCAGCGCUUCCUCAGGGAAUUUACGCUCCUGAUAGAACAGAUCAACAAGAACCAGUUUUUUGCUGCCUUGCUGACCGCAGUCUUAACCUACCACCUGGCCUGGGUGCCCACCGUCAUGCCCGUUGACCACCCUCCCAUCAAAGCCUUCUCCGAGAAACGCACCUCUCAGCUGGUCAACACGCUGGCCAAGACACACCCAUACAAUCCUCUCUGGGCGCAGCUGGGCGACCUUUACGGGGCCAUCGGCUCUCCGGUGCGACUGACGCGCACGGUGGUGCUGGGGAAGCAGAAGGACCUGGUGCAGCGCAUACUGUACGUGCUGACCUACUUCCUGCGGUGCUCAGAGCUGCAGGAGAACCAGCUGACGUGCAGCGGGGCCUGGGGGCCAGACGAGCAGGCGCUGGCCGGGGGCAGCAUCACCACGGCCCUGGAGAGGGGCGAGGUGGAGGAGUCCGAGUACGUGGUGGUCACGGUGAGGAGCGAGCCCGCCCUCCUGCCGCCGCACGCUGACACCGGAGACCUCUGUCCCCACCUCGCCGGGCGAGGAGGCCGGGGACCGGAGCAGAGCCCCGCGGCCCGCGGCCCCCGGAGACCUCGGGGCGCGUCGUGUGGGGACGAGGAGAGAACGGAGGAGGCGCCCCGCGGCGGCUCCGCAAGAGGUGCGUGCGCGGGGCCGGCCGGCGGGGAGGGGUCGGGCGGGGAGAUGCCCAAGAAGCUGCCCGACCGCUCGGCGGCCAGGCCGUGCCCUGAGGGGCGUCCCUGGGAGAAGGUCACCUUCCACAUCGGGAGCUCCGUGUCUCCGGACUCGGACUUCGAAAGUCGCACCAAAGCGAUGGAGGAGCGGCUGCGGGCCUGCAGGUGUGCGGAGCCAGCGCGCCGACCCCCGGCUGGGCCCGAUGCGGCCCGGGAGGCCCGGGACUGGCGGGCCCCGAGGUGCUCCCGGGCCCCCGAGGCAUGUGCGGGGGCCCGCGGCGUCAGGACCGGGGCCGCCAAGGAGGCUGCGGAGACGCCCGGCGCACCUGUGGACCCCGCGCACGCGCCAGGGAAGCCGUGGGGUCGGGGCGGGGAGAACGCGGACGGGCCUGCGCCGAGCGGGUGCGCGGCCGCAGUGCCGCGCGAGGACGCCAGCUUCAGGCGGGAAGGAGGUCUCCCCAGGAACGAGAGCUCGGACAGCGCACUCGGCGACAGUGACGACGACCCGUGUGCGCCGGCCUCGCCGGGCCUGGGUCCCGGCAGUGACGGUGACAGUGAGCAUGACCGGCCCGAAGGGUCGCCGGAGGUGGAGCUGCCGCUGCCCAGGUCUCAGAGCGUCAGCACCCCGAACGUGAGAAACUUCGGCCGCUCCCUCCUGGCGGGUUACUGCCCCACGUACAUGCCAGACCUGGUGCUUCACGGGACCGGCAGCGAUGAGAAGCUGAAGCAGUGCCUGGCAGCCGACCUGGUCCACACGGUCCAGCACCCCGUGCUCGACGAGCCCAUCGCCGAGGCCGUGUGCAUCAUUGCAGACACGGACAAGUGGAGCGUCCAGGUGGCCACGAGUCAGAGGAAGGCAGUGGACAGCACGAAACUCGGCCAGGAUGUCCUGGUCUCAAGCCAGGUGUCCAGCUUACUUCAGUCCAUCCUGCAGCUCUACAGGCUUCACCUCCCCGCCGACUUUUGCAUCAUGCACCUGGAAGACAGACUACAGGAGAUGUACCUGAAGAGUAAGAUGCUGUCUGAGUAUCUCCGUGGACACACGCGCGUGCACGUGAAGGAAUUAAGUGUCGUCCUGGGGAUCGAGUCCAACGACCUGCCCCUGCUGACGGCUGUCGCCAGCACUCACUCUCCGUACGUCGCUCAGAUACUCUUAUAA